GAAGCAGAGCGUCGCGACGUUUCAGUACUCACAGGAUCGGCUUGUGGUAACAACGCUUUUCUCCGAGAUGUGGCCAUCAUCGUGGGAAUGUCUUUCGCCGAACACGUGCGUACGAUGUGCGAACGUAACAGACGAUACGUGUUUAUUUAAUAAAUUUACGUGUUCGUGUACUUAUAAAGAUGGAGAAAAUGCGACGUGCGUGCACCAAGAAAUAAUGAACAUUCAUAAAAUUAAAAUUGACGCCAAUCAAUCCAAUAUUAAUAUUUCUUUACCGGGUACCUCAGGCAUGUCUGCUUUAAAUCCGAAGAGCAAACGUCACACAAAACGAAAGAAGAGGCAAAAAUACAAGAAGGAACACAUCGAGCCGGAUAAAUUAGACGAUGGUUUUUCAGAAACAACGAAUCUCCUUCCGCCAGAAAAUUUCCUCAGUCCGGAUACAAUCAACGUUAAUGAACCAGAAAGCGUUUUACAAUCCAUUUCAAAUGACAAAUAUCACAGUGAUUAUCUCAGCAAAAGAAUAGCCGACGAAAGCUCGAGCGAUAGUUCCAAUUCGAGCAGUUCCUCUUCCAGUUCCAGCUCCAGCAGCAGCAGUAGCAGCAGCAGUGAAAGUAGUAGUAGUUCUAGUUCAAAUGACAGUAGUUCAAGCAACAGUUUAAUUUGUGAUAGCGAAAGUAAAGUUACCGAUAAGACGUAUAAAGGAUAUCAAAUAAUGAACGUAGAUGACGACUGUGAUAAUGGCGAAUGUGAGAAUGGCGAUGACAGCAAUAGCAGUACCAGUGACAGUGCCAAUACAAGCGCCGAUUCCACAUCUGCGUCUUCCGAUAAUAGUUGGUGGCAAGAAUACAAACAGUUGAAAGAAAUACAAUUUUUUAAAAAACCCCAUCCAGAUGCCAUGAAAGAUAGCGGAUACGUUUCGACAACUUCGCCAAAUGAUUCAAACAUAAAUGACGAAUACAUAGAACACAGAUGAAUUUGUACUGUCAAUAACAACCGCCAUUUCAACGAGAAGAAGGUGACGAUAAAAUAAACCCACACGUAGACAAAUUUUCGGGAAAAAUUGAACUGGGGAGGGGCUCAUUUUGUAGAGCUUGUUUUGUUCAAGGGAUUUACCAGGUUGGUGAGAUAUACAAAUUUUACUAGAUUCUAACGCUAAAAAAAUGAUGCUUGUAAACCAAAUUGGGGAAGUGCCAUGUUUUGCAUGGGAAAUAGACUUAUAAUAUAUCUACAUAUUAUGGGCACGAUUAAGCAGGACAGAAUGAGCGAUAAUGUAAAAUCUUUGACAAUAAUUUUUUCCUUUUUUCCUUGUAUGGCAUACUAUGGACAUUUUUUCAGUCCCUCGCCCUAGUGAACCAUUUCAAUUUGAGAUUCAAAGGUUGCGACAAGAAUAUUAAAUUUUUCUACCAAUUUAAAACAUUUCUCAAUUUAUUCUAUGUAUGUAGUACGUAUUUCCACACUAAAUUUUGUCACCAUCAUCUCUAUGCCAUAUCUACUAUGAAACAUUUUACGUUAAAUUUCAGUAUUCAACAUGAUUUUUCUCAAUUGGCUUGAUGCUGACAAUACUCAUAAAAACAUUUUUAAUAAGCUGAGGUAGGUAGACUUGCUCAAUGCUCAAUCUCUAUAAUAAGAAUUCAAAAUAAGAACGUAUGUACUUACUUCAUUAUGAUCAUAUAAUUUUUUCCCAACCUUUUUGUCAAUUCACCAAACAAAACAUUCUUCAUUUCCAGUGGAAAUUUAAUUAAGUAUGUUACAAAAUCACAAGAAAUCUAAAAUAAAUUCAUUAUCCCAAUACUGUUCUACCUAUUACGUAAGUAUUAAAACAACACCCUUUGUUGAAAACUUGCAAAACAACAAGCAAUAAGUGAGUUUACCAUCUAAAAAGAAACUACUUAGAACCUAGCGUAGCCUAAAAGUAACAUUUAAAAUUAAAUUUACUGAAUUACGUCGUAGAUAUAUUUUUCUCUGUUUUUCAUACACACAACCUUCGGGUAAUUCAAUUGUUUUUAGUCGCCUUGUAUAGAAAAAAAUUCGACUUGUAAUGAAAUUUACAUUUUUUUUUGAAAAUAUAUUUUGUUUACCAAAAUAAAUGAUACGUGAA